AGGUUUGAUGUUUAUAGAAAAGUUCCCAAGGAUUUAACAGAACCCACAUUGACAGGGGCAGUCAGUAAGUUUUUUUUUUUCCAAUACUCAUACUAGAAUACUCAGCUCCCUUCAACAUAGAUGGGGAGGGGAGGGGGUCUGAAAUGGAACUGUUUCAAGAAUUAUGCUAAGGAAUGUCAUCAUGAGUUACACUUUAACACGACUCUCUUUGCGCAUUUGCACUAUCAAUGUACUGUAUGUAUUCAGAAACAAAUGAAAAUAUUUAGGUCUCAUGCUGUCAGAUCUCUCUUCUUAUGUUAAAUAUCAACAACUCAUUUGGAAUAUACUGUACAGUGGCACGAUUUUCUUAGUUUUUUAACAUUGGAAAGAACAAAUAUGUACACAAUUUUUUCAGUUGAUGAUUAAGUCAUUGACUAGUGUCCCUUGGAGAUAAGAUGUUCUAAUUCAAAAGCACGCUGAGUUAAAAUGAACUUACUAGAGAAAGACUUACUGGAGGAACAAAACUGAGAACAAUAUUGUGUGAAAUUUCUAGAAAGUUGAACAGAGCACAUUCAGAAAUGUACAUGUAGAUUAUCUUCAAAAUUUGACUGUGGCCAAGGUGUUGACAGCUUGAAAGUAAUAUGAAUUAUGUUGAGUAUUCAAGAUGAAUAGUUUCUUUUUACUGCUGUUAUAGCUGCAGCAGCCUAACCCUUCUACUAUUUUUUACUCAACAGUCUCAAUAUGCAGUUGUCUGUUUAUAGUAUUUUUGUUGUUAUCAGAAUUUUACAGCUUUAUCAACACAGAAAUGUAAGUGCCAAUGAAAAAUUUUAAUUUUUUCAAUUAAUAAUUAGAUGACAGUAAAACAGUUGAAGUCAUACCUUACUGAGUUGUUAUUUAUGGAAAUUUGUCAUCUUGAUUUUUCUUUAUUAUUGAUUUGUAUAUCCUUGAAAAUGAUUUUAAAAGAAAAAAUGCAUUUCAAAUCAGGCUUAAAAAAGAUAAUAGUGCAUGCAUUGAAGGGAUAGUAGAUCAGGUAUCCUUGAUCUUUUAUCUGGUAUUUUCCUUAAUUAGCUGCAGUUUACCAUUACUACAGCUUUUACAUGUUGCUUUGCAUAAAAUUCUUUUAAUUUUCAAGGGGGAUUUUUUCUUGUUUUUCUCCAGUGUUAGUGAGUUGUUUGUAGAUAACCCAACAGAAAAUGACCGAUUGGAUGUGAAAUUGAACAUAACUUUGCCAAGGAUGAAGUGUGAACGUGAGUACUUUGGGUUGUCACCUAAUAUAUUUUAGUGACUAUAUACUGUUUUGUAUUUAUAAGAGAAAUCUUCAAAUCUCACCUUACCUUGCCUUUCUUUACUAUUCACAUGUUGAUUUUGGGUUGAAUCAUGCAUCAUGUAUAAACCCUCUGCCAGCCUCCCCUGAUGUGACACUUAUUAAUGCUUUUUCUUUUUGAGAUAUUGACUAAAUGUUAAAAUAACAAAAUGUAGGCAUCUCAUUAGAGAGGGCAAGUCAGCAUUUUAGGCUUAGACCUUUGGUUUAUCCACCUGCUGCCAUUAUAAGCUCACCAUUUGUGAUCAGGUGGCCAUGUUAGAUUUUGGGUUAAAGUGAAUAGUAAGGGGAGGGGAAGGGAGAGGAAAAGAGAAAAAGACAGAUAGUCUACCUACUUCCCAGAUGGAAAAGGCUUAUGAAACAAGAAAAACCUCCUGAUUGUGGCCUUUUACUGCAUUUCUAGAUAAAAAUUUAAUGACUAAUAAUCAAUCAAAUUGAUAUUUAUUUCAAAAGUGGAAGCCAAUGGUUAAAAUUGUUGAAAGGGAAAUGCACCUUCCUCCUGUAUAUGGAAAUUUUGCCAACUACCGUAGUUAUUCGGUUAUAAGGCGCACCGUUUUUUUCAAGAAAUUCCUAAUUUCUACUAAAAAUUACCACCAAAAUUAUUUUCCCGAAACAAUUUUUUUUGAUCACAGUUACUGGUACGAUUUCAAGCAAAUAAAAUGACACACACACAUUGACUUUUAUGAAUAUGGUGGUUCUGAAAAGACAAGCGAAGUCAAAUUUGCAUAGAUGUGAUACGUGCUCGAGAGCAUGUGCUUAGUAAUUUGAUACAUCACAAAACGAAACGAAAAUAAACAAGUGAAGAGGUAAAUACCUUCUUCAUCCUUUCAGCCUUUGUAGUGCACUGAGACCUACAUUCUCGGCGGUACAUCUUGUUUAAUCAAGGCUUUUGUUUGUGUGCCUGGUCGCGUGUGCGACAAUUCUGCUUUUGUUGAUUAACGGUAAACUAAAAUCAAUACGCGACUUUUUCGCUUUUUUGUAAGUUUAUGAAAGAAUUUACAAUAAACUUGACCGAUCUUUACUCCCCAAACAACGGUGCGCCUUAUAACCAAGUAUUUUAGCAAUUUUCUUAGUUUGAAAACAUGCAAUAAUGAAGUUGCUGAAUUGGGGGUGCGUCUUAUAGCCGAGUACGCCUUAUAACCGAAUAACUACGGUUAAUAAUAACAAAGAUUUAUGCUCUUGUGUUUAUUUUCAAUUUUUGGUCCAGGAUAUAAUCAAUUGGUAUAUACCACUCAAUUGAAUGGGCUUUUUGUGUGUGUUGAUUGGCAAAUUUGUAAGUAAAGAGCAAGUACUAUUCAUCCCCAGCAGUUGAUGAGACAAAAUAGGGUGUCAAGAGUUAAAUGUCUGCUCAUUAUGCAGUAUAUUGAGAGACAUAAACUAAUUUUUUUGCCAUGUGUGUGAUGUAUACCAGAACAGGUAACCUCAGUGUCAUUAAAAGUGGUGGAUAUUUACCUCCAUUUUGAUGAAUAAUUGUUAAUCAUUCAUUUCAUUAUUGUUACUUUAAAAUUAUGCAAACUUUGACAUCCAUUUUUCAGAUCUUGGUCUCGAUAUCCAGGAUGAAAUGGGACGGUAUGUUAGACAAAAUAAUAAGGAUAUUGAUGAUAAUAAAAAUGAUAAUUAAAAUAAUAAUGAUAAUUUUGAUAACAACAGUUUUAGUUACUGCAUUAUCUUAAUACUAUAGAGGUUGCAAAAUAAUGGUCAUGAACUUUAUUUAUCACAUAAACUGUGGUGUUAUACAGGGAUUUCUGGCCCUGAGAAAAGCCAUAACAACACAUGAAAAAAUGUGGUAUUUUUUUUCACGUAUGUUAAUAUAGCCAAUCAGCUGCUGACACGUCACUUGCCUUUGGCAUUACUGGGUCAGGUUGAUGAAUGAACAACAAAGCCUUCAUGAUUCUCAAUACUAGUUGUUUGUCCGAACUUUCUCGAAUUAUGGCGGCUAAAACAUUAAAAAUCUCAUAUUGCUGACAGACAGUGAGGUUCCAACUUUCCUAGAAGGGGAAGAAAACCAAUACAAUAAAAGAAAAACUGAAAGUUAUGUAUUCAGUGGCUUUGGUGUUUGCAUUUCUCUUGGCUGAGAAUGAAAAUCGACAAUUGGAAGAUUUGCCACUGGCCGAUUUUUGGCCGUUUACCUGAAAGACUUCUACUGUUGAUAAGAACAAAGUCAAUAAAUGAGAAUUUUGUGAAUUGAAAAUUACCAACAUUGUUGUUUUUGUAAUCAUGAUUUGAUGCAUUUUUCCAUCUUAAGAGUUAGUGUCAACUUACUCUAUGAUUGUUAUUCUGCAAUUGUCGAUGCAUUUAUUUUCAUUCAUUCAUUAAUGUCAAGUCAGCUUUUCUUGUCACUAAAGGGCUAUUGUGUUUAUAUGAUAAACAAACAAUACAUGGUUGCUUAUAGAUAUGGAAUUUUUCUUCUCAUGUUCAACUCGACAUCUCACUCAUUUGCUGUGCUCACGCAUGAGCUAUUGAGUCAAACACUUGAAGAGAAAUUCCAUAUCUACACCUGCCCAUGUAUUAUUCUCUAUAUAUUAAGCACAAGUAGCGUGUUGGUCAUGGCUGUAAAUUAUUGUAAUAUUUAUCAACAGGCAUGAGGUUGGUUUUCAGGAGAAUACCCACACUGAAGAAAUGAAUCACGGAGGUACAUGCACAAUACACUUGUUUGUACUUACAGACACUACUUGCAUCACAUUGUGUAUAGUUUAUCCAUGUUUUCCUGCAACAGAUAUUUUUGCUCAUCCACCAAUGUAAGGCUUUUGUAAAAACGAUUCCCACAUACAUACAGUGAUAUUGUGAAACUUGGGUUUCAGAAGGAUGUGUUUUCUCCUGCAAGUUCAACAUAAACAAGGUAUGAUAGACUCUAUUGCUUUCAAGCAGAUAACCUCAAAACAUAAAGGAUUUGUAACUCAAACUAAUGAACAAUUAUCAGUAUUGAUUGGUAUCAGCAUGGGGUUACUCUCAAAACAUGACUUGCAUAGUACAGAUCUUGGGGUAAGAGGGCAGUGUGACAAUCCUUUCUAACUCGGGAUUUUUCUUUCCUCAAGGUUCCUGGUAAUUUCCAUGUGUCCACCCAUGGAGCAGGUGCACAGGUGACUGCUUUGGUUCUCAUUAGUUAUUCUUCUUAAAUCCUUGUUAACUUGUACACAGCAUGCUCUCUCCCCAAUCAGGGAAAAGAGCAUGGUGCCUGAUGAGACCAAACAACGGCUGUGAAAGAGACUGCCUUAUACCCUGACUGAAGCAAAUUUUAUAAAAUGAUUUCUAUUGUGUCUUUCACAGCCAGAUAAUCCAGACAUGGCGCAUCAUAUCAACUCUCUUAAUUUUGGAUCAGAAAUUAAGGUAAUACUGAGGUUCACUGCUGUAAUAGUUUUUGUACAGUGCUUAUGAGGAAUAAAAAGCAAAUUGCUGUUGCAAUUGCUAGUCUUUAUCUGACUUGUAUGUAUUUUCCAACACAGGAUAAACUUCCUGGUGCUUUUGUGGCUCUUAGAGGACGAAAUAAAGAAGAUGUCAAUAGUGAGUAAAAGCGAUCAUACCAUAAUAAAGCAACUUUCUCGAGACUCUACUUGGGAUUUUUUUCAAUCUCUUUUCAAAAACUUUUUUUUCCCAAAGUUUAGUUGCCAAACUUGUCUUAGCAAGAUGGCUCAGAGCAGUUUCACUCUUACGUUGUAGGGUACACACAUACAUGUAGUAAAAUAGAUGCCGUUGUUUUACAGGUUUGUCUUCGCAUGACUAUGUAUUGAAGAUUGUACCUACAAUUUUCGAGAAACUGGAUGGAACUACGACCUUCACAUAUCAAUAUACCUGGGCUUAUAAGGUUAUUUUCUCGUAACUUCAGUCUACUUUUUUUUUUUCCUGAUAAUUGGUGUGAAAUGUUACUAUUUGUAUUAUUUUUCUUUAGGAUUAUGUAGCUUAUGGACAUGGCGGCCGGAUUUUGCCAGGUAGGAUAUUAGUUAUGUAUUUGGUUGUUAGCGUAAACAGGGCUUGUCCUUGUAAGGAUCGACGGUUUUCUCGAAACAUCAGCAUUUAAACUCAUUAAGGUGGCCAAUUUACGUUAUCAACUUAGUUGAUAACACUAAAUUACCUUGCUAUACUCUCCCAGAGACGCAACACCACUGUUUCUUUGGAAACUUACUCCUUUUAUUCAUUGGUUUCAAUUAGCAUUUUGUGCAGCGAAGUUUUAUCUUCCAAGAUUAAUAAAUAGUUUUCUCGUUUUCAUAUCAUUUCAGCAAUUUGGUUUCGCUAUGAUUUAAGCCCAAUUACUGUCAAAUACGUGGAGAGACGCAAACCGCUUUAUCAUUUUAUCACUACGGUA